AUGUCUAAGCGAAAUAGCAUCGGCGCUUCUUCUACUAAUACUCUUUUUAAUUAUUUUACCAAAACUCCGCCAAGUACGAAGAAAGUGAAACUUAGUGUAACUAAUGAAAUAAAAAAUUCUACUGAAACUGUAGAGACUAUAGAAAACAAAAAGAGAGUAAGGCAAACAACACCCUCUCCAAGAGAAGAUAAAAAUAAUCACACGGAUGACGAAUCUCCAAUUGCACCAAAGAAAAGAAAAAGAAUCCGUCUUAAUCCUUGUGAUACAGAUGAUUCUGAUACUGAAAAUAAAGAAGAUAAUAAAAUCAAAACAAAGGAAAAAGCUUCAUUAGGAAAAAAAUUGCAAGAAAGUUUUCAAUAUGACCCUUCUGAUACACCAAAAAGUAAAAUAAAGAAGACCCCAGUUGUAAUGCAAGUUAAAACUGAGUCUCAAGAAUCACCAGUUAUUGCUGAGGAAGGUGAUUGGGUUCAUUGCAAACUCGACUGGCUUAAGCCAGAUAAAAUCAAAGAUGCCAAGGGACGUAGGCCAGACCAUCCAGAAUAUGAACCAACCACACUUUAUGUACCUAAGGAAUUUAUGAAGAGUCAGACUCCGGCUCAUAGACAGUGGUGGGAGUUAAAAUCAGCGCACUAUGAUUGUGUACUUUUCUUUAAAGUGGGAAAGUUCUAUGAGUUGUAUCAUAUGGAUGCUGCUGUGGGUGUCAAUGAACUGGGCUUCUCUUACAUGAAGGGUGAAUUUGCCCAUUCGGGGUUUCCGGAAAGUGCAUACGCGCGAAUGUCUUCAACUUUAGUGUCUAAGGGAUAUAAAGUAGCGCGAGUUGAACAAACAGAGACCCCUGAAAUGAUGCAGGAUAGAUGUAAACGAGAACAAAAAACAAGUAAGUAUGACAAAGUGGUCCGUCGUGAGAUUUGCCAAGUGUCUGUGCGAGGGGCACAAGUUUGCGGCCUUCAAGACAAUGGUCCUUCGGAGUCGAACUCGCCAUUUAUGAUGGCUGUCGCUGAAGAGGAAAACAAUGGAAUAAGUACAUACGGUGUGUGUUUCGUUGAUACGUCUAUAGGCCAAUUCCACAUUGGUCAGUUUAAAGAUGAUAAACACUCCUCGAGGCUGCUCACAACUCUUGCGCAUUUUCCGCCUGCUUUGAUUAUCUCCGAUCGCAAGUCAUGCACAGUACGAACAAGAAAACUUCUGUCCACACAUUGUCAUAGCGCGAGAAGGGAGACGUUAAAUAUGGCGCCACCAGAGAAAACGCUGAAAUUGUUGGCUGAAAAAUAUUACAGGACUAAUGAUAAUGGACAGUGGCCGGAGGGGGUCUUGCAGUUUUUACAUGAAGGUGACACUCUGGGUCUAACGCCGGCUGCGAACAGUAGUUUAGCCAUUAAGGCUUUGGGGGGCUGUGUAGCAUUUCUCACGGAAUGUUUGCUUGAUAUACAAAUUUUAGGUAUGUCUCAGUUCUCUGAAUAUACACCCCCUGACGUGCUAAACAUGACAAUUCAAAAUGAGACGUCUCAAUGGACUGGUGGCAGUACUAUGGUCUUGGAUUCUAUUACGUUGAGAAAUCUACGUAUAGUACAGGAUGAGGGAUGUCUCUAUGAUAAAUUAAAUUUAUGCUGUACGCCUAUGGGAAAAAGAUUACUAUACCAAUGGGUAUGUUCCCCGAGCUGUGAUUUGACAGUGAUUAAGGAACGUCAGGAAGCCAUUAAAACUUUAUUCGAAAACCAGGACAUCUGUCAAGAGGCGAAGAACUUGCUGACAACAUUGCCAGAUCUGGAACGACUCUUGGCUAAAGUCCACUCCCUCGGGAACUUAAAGAAAUCAAAAGAUCAUCCCGAUUCAAGAGCAAUUUUAUAUGAAGAGAAGACUUAUUCCAAAAGAAAAGUACUGGAUUUUAUUUCUGUACUCAAUGGGUAUACUGCUGCGUUGAAACUGUCAGAAUUAUUCUGUGACAACGACUCUGUCUUAUUGAAGAGGAUCACACAACUAUCACCGGAUGGAAAGUUUCCAGAUUAUAGAGAGACUUUGAAAUUCUUUAAGGAUGGCUUCAAUCAAACUCAAGCGGAGAAGGAAGGAAAAAUUUUGCCGGAGGCUGGUGUGGACCAAGAGUAUGACAACACUUUGGAGCUCAUAGAAGAAAUUGAGCAGGAGCUGAGGCAAUACUUGGUGGAACAGGAGAAAUACUUCAAGUGCAAGAUAACAUAUGUGGGUAGUGAUAAAAAGAGGUACCAAAUGGAAAUACCGCAAAAUGCCGCAUCCAAAGCAGGAGGAGAUUAUCAUAUGGAAGGAGCUAGGAAGGGAUAUAAGAGAUAUUCUACUUAUGAGACAAAGGACUUCCUCGCACGUAUGAUGGCGGCUGAAGAGCAAAAACGCGUAGUACUAAAGGAUCUCAGUCGUAGGAUAUUUGAGAAAUUCUCAAGUCAUUAUUCCCAAUGGGCCGCUGCCGUACAGUGCGUGGCGACGCUCGAUGUGUUGCUGUCCCUUUGCGAAUUCGCUAGACAACAGACAAGCGAUAUUUGUUUGCCUGAGGUUACAUUUGGCGAUACACAGCCUUACAUAAGCAUAGUAGAAGGCCGUCACCCCUGCAUACCAAUUGUGAACGAUUUCAUCCCAAACGAUACAUCCCUUGGGGAGAACGGAGCGAGUUUGUUAUUACUAACGGGACCUAAUAUGGGCGGAAAGUCAACUCUAAUGAGACAAGUCGGGCUGUUAACUGUCCUUGCGCAUUUGGGAAGCUACGUCCCAGCACAGGAAUGCAAGCUCAGUUUAGUGGAUCGCAUCUUCACUCGUUUAGGGGCGUCUGAUGAUAUUUUGUCCGGUCAUUCCACAUUCCUUGUGGAGAUGAAUGAGACGGCGGCCAUUAUUAAACACGCCUCGCUUCAUUCCCUUGUGUUGUUGGAUGAAUUAGGUCGCGGCACAAGUACAUACGACGGUACGGCCAUAGCAAGUGGUGUGUGUGUGGAAUUGGCAGAGCGUGGAUGUAGAGUGUUAUUCUCCACACAUUAUCACACACUCGUCACACACCUUGCGACACACCCUAAUGUGCAACUGGGGCAUAUGGCAUGUAUGGUAGAAACAGAGGAAACGGAAACUGAUGAUAUCCCAGAAGAAACAAUAACCUUCUUAUACAAACUGAGCCCUGGUGCUUGUCCAAAAUCCUAUGGGUUUAAUGCCGCAAAAUUAGCUGGGAUCCCACAAGAAAUAACGCGUCGAGCGCGAAAUAUAUCGAAAAAACUCGAAACUGAAGCUAAUCUAAUAAGGACUUUCAAAGAAAUUAUGAAGAUUGGUCAAGUAUCAAAUAUGAGGAAACUUCUUGCUGAAUUGACAAUUUAA